GUGGAGCACCAGGACUUUGUCACCACCGCCUCGAUGCAACAUGAGAUGCGGCUGCUCGGGGCUCGGCGUGACCUUGGCUGUUUCGAUCGACUCAAUGCUUUAUCUACACCCGAGCCUUGGGAAGUACAAGGAGGGGACUUAGCCAUUCGUGGCUACUUGCCGGCGCCAGCGUGUUCCAGCUUGACGACAGGGGCUUCUAGUAUCAGCCCCCCACCUCCGACUUUCCAUUUCCCAGCUCGACGAGCACUGCCAGUUAUCCGGGACCCUCUUCGUCCUGGACACAAGGAACGAGCGAAGGCUUUAGCUCUGUGGCAGAUGCUCAUUGUGAAGUCGGCGUGUGGACUUGCAGUGAUACUGGCGAAGGCUGCUGAUGAUCAGGUGCCGUUGAUUUUGGAGGAUGUUUUCGCCGAGAAGGCUACUUCGACUUUGCGAAGCCGCGCCUCAAGCUUGCUGCAAUUCACCCGGUGGCAGAAAGCCACUUACGGAGAAAGUUCUUUAUUUCCGAUGGAGGAAGACAGGCUACAUGCAUACACUUGUUACCUCCGGUCAGAAGGUGCACCAGCUUCGCGAGGGGAACGCUUUGUUCAAAGUGUUCGCUUCGCUCACACUCUUUUGCAAUGCCCAGGUGAUUUGAGUUUCUUGUCAGCUCGAGUUAUCGGGGCCACAGUUGCAGGUGUGGCUAAGAAGCCUGUCAUGAAGAUGUGGCCGCUCAAGGUGCAUCAGCUUCGCAGGCUAGAGCAGCUUGCGUGUGGUGACGCAAGCGUGGUCUCUGUUUUUGCGGGUUUCUUGUGUGUCUUGGUCCACGGACGACUACGCUACAGCGAUGCUCAGAUGUGCUUCUCUGAGCCCACGUUGGAGAUUGGCGAGGCGCAUAACUUACUGUCUCUUCAGCUGUAUGGUUCCAAGACUUCUUCCAUUCGCAGGGCUACUAGGUUUCGGCUCAUUCCGGUUUUCGCUAUCAGCCCCGGAGUUCACGGUGCUGAAUGCUGGGCGACUGCUUAUCUGCGAAACCGAGUGGAGCUGGGGUUGGAGGCCUCCGAAAGUGAACCACUCAUGCGGUGUCCGUGCGCCGAUGGUAACUUUGCCGAUCGCAAGUUGCGCUCUUCUGAUGCCUCUGUCUGGAUGAGGGAGCUUCUGGGGAGUGAUUGCAAUGAGGAGGAGUUGGCCAACCUCGCCACCCACAGUUGCAAGGCCACAUGUUUGGCUUGGCUGACUAAGGCUGCAGCAUCUAACAACAUGUGCCGCCGGGCCGGGUAUCAUGUGGGUCAGGAGGGGCGCUCCGAGCUGGAGUAUGCCCAUGAUGCCGCUGCACCUUUGGUACGCAGGUUAGCGGACACCAUUGACAUGAUUCGCGAGGGGAUCUUCUGCCCUGACGAGCCUCGGCUCCAGAGGUGGCACGGUGCUCAAGAUUUUGAUUCUGCUCUUCUUUUGCUACGGCACGGCGAGGAGGCGAAGCGCCCUCGCAAGAAUGUUCCUGCCCAGGUCAGCCGCUUGCUAGAGGGGUCAUCUAGCGAUUCGGAAUCUAGUGAGGACUUGGACGAGGAUUCCGAUAGUGCUGGGUCUGAAGCUGAUGGCCACCUAGCUGACAUGCAUGCCCUGGGCGAGACGAUUGCAUCUAAUGCAAGUGAUGGUUUUGUAUACUAUAAACACGUCUCGAGGCAAACCGUGCAUCGAGCCCAGAGGCCUCAUGACGAUGAUGCGACUGUUUUCGUGUGCGGUCGCUUAGCCACGGCGGCGCAUGUGGAGCUCGGUGCUCGGCCCAACGUGAUUUUGAAUCCUUGCCUUUCAUGUUUCAGGUGCCUGGCUGUUGGAUUGCCGACCGAGGUCGUCGGUCGGCUCGACUUGCGCGGGUGGAGUACAUUCGCUAACUUUGCUCAUGCCCCUACUGCCACCCCGGGUACUGCAGGAGCGGAAGCCGCCGUCAAGCUUGUCCUCGAUGCCAUCCUAGGCGAUUCUCUUGCUGCUCAUCAGGCAGCUCUUCGUCGCUUGCAUUGGGAAGCCUGGACCCUUACCGCUGCUGACCUUAAGCGCAAAGUGGACGGGACUGAUGAAGCUGGACCGAGGAAACUGCCCGUUGCCGAGAUUGGUGCGCGCCUGCAGGUACUUGCUCCAAAGAUUUCUCCCCUCAAACUUCAGGGAAUCCUGGAGCCCAGCCAUGCCAGUAUCAAUUUGUUUGCAGCCAUGCUUGACGAGGGGCGUCUUCGUUAUGUGGAGCGGGCCAGGCUCACUACCAGAGAUCAAGAGGUGCUGGGGGCCACUGAAGAUCAGCUUCUCAAGGCUUGGAGGCCGGACAAGGCAGGUGUCGUGAGGGAGCACAAAGAUGCACCACGUCUUGAGGCGAAUGUGCAGGAGUCUCUCAUACAGUUCUUGUUCGAUGCGUAUUACAAAGAGCCCACCGAAGGCUAUCAACGGGUCACACUCGCGCAACUUGCACUUUGUGACCGUGAGGUACUGCCAGCACCACUCCCCGGGACGACUGAUGUGCGGCCGAAAAAGCGCUCCCCUUACAUGCCUGCUGCGUUGAAGGGUGGGGUUCCUGUCGAUGCGGAUGUGUUGCAGCUGUUCGAUCUUUUGCCCCGAGAAGAGUCCUCGCGUGGCACCACCGAAUAUCCGCCCGAGCCACGUGUGGACUUCCAUAGUCAUUUUCGGCGACGUGCGGGCUCCCCGCCAUCGCGACGUUCGCAACAGUUUUGCCCCGAGGUGGCUUUCGAUGAAGGCAAGACAUUGAGAGGCGCCAUCUUGGAUCCGAGAGUGCAGCCUUGCUUGCUGCACGCCCGAAGAGAUGAACACUUCACACUGCCUUGGCGAGGGAGGCUUCUGUAUGCUUCAACCCACACAUUUGGCCGUGUUGCUGUGAUGGCGGUCAAAUGCCUGUCACGACACUUGUCGGGCGGGGGCGUCUUGAAGCUUGACAACGAGGAUUGCACACCACUACAACAAACCACCGACCUCCUCGAGGACAUGCGACCUCGCGAAAUCCGAGCUGGUUCUUGCGGAGCACCUGUCGUGAUUUUCACUGACGGGGCCCAUGAGGAAGACGAGUGUUUGACGACGCAUGGCGCAGUGCUGAUUGAUCCUACUUCGGACCUGCGCCUCUUCUUCGGCGAGGAAAUUCCGGAGAGCUUCGUCUGCAGGUGGAGUGCAUCUGGUAAGCGACAGCUGGUGGGCCAAGCGGAGGUGCUACCGGUACUGGUCGCCAAGGUUGCGUGGGCUAAGCAAUUGAAGCAUGGCAAGGUGCUGUUAUUCCUUGACAAUGACUCUGCCAAGGCGGCACUUGGCUCUGGCUCCUCUCCUGUGCGCGACACGUUCGCGAUGCUGUGUGUCAAUGCUCAUCUAGACGUGGCUCUCGAGGCUACCCACUGGUAUACUCGAGUACCUUCCAAGGCGAACUUGGCGGACGAUGCAUCCAGGUUGAGCUUCGAGGCGUACCAGCGUUCGUAUGUGCAGACGCAC